AUGCAAAGAACAAAAUCUUCCAAAAGAUACAGGAAUUCUGUGGAAUACAUAGACAAGAAAAAGGGCAAACUCAUUUAUCCCACUGUAAAAUCGGUGGAGUGCCCGGGGAACCAGGAGUUUUCCUAUAACGUUGUGGCCUGUAACAGCACCUGUCGGUCCCUGUCAGGCCCUGACCUGUGCUGUCUGCUGGAGGAUGCUCCAGUGGAGGGCUGUGGAUGUCCUGAAGGAACCCACCUGAACAAAGAUCUCAUCUGCAGCCCCAAGUCUCAGUGCGAGUGCCACUACAACGGAGGCACCACACCCCCCGGGCCUGCUGUUAUCGACGGGCGACAGUGUUUUUGUGAAGAUGGAGAAUUGAAGUGUUCAGAUGAUUGUGGAUGCACAAAUGGGAAAGUCUGUGUUCACUGCUCGGAUUUUAAAGUGAACACUCUUCAGAAAACCUGUGGCAGUCUCAGCAAACCCACAACUUCUUCUUGUGAGAGCGGCUGUUACUGUCCGGUUGACCAGUUUGAGAAUCAUCAUGGAGACUGUGUGCCUUUGGACAACUGCACCUGCUCCUACAGUGGAAAAGUUUAUAAUGCAGGAGAGACCGUCAAGAGCUCCUGUACAUCAUGUGUGUGCUCUAAUGGCCAGUGGGUGCAGUGCACAGAUGAACUGUGCUCCAGUACAUGUCAAGUUUUUGGGAAUGGACACUAUCAGACUUUUGACUCCAAAUGGUUUCGCUUUGAUGGUCAUUGUCAGUACACAUUAGUCAAGGAUGACUGUGGCAGGAGAAAUGGUACAUUUUCUGUCCGAGUUGAAAGUGUUCCCUGUUGUGACGAGGCCCUUACUUGUUCUCGAUCAAUUGUGCUGGAUGUCAAAGACCAUUUCAGCCUCUCUCUUAGUGACAUGAAAGUGACGGAGCAGGUCCACAGUGCCCUGCUCCAACACAGUCCUCCGUACACAAUUCAAACAGUGGGUCUCUACAUCAUUAUAACUGUCCCCACUAAAGGCAUCACUCUGAUCUGGGACAAACACACUUGGAUCACAAUAGAACUGCAGCCACAAUGGAGGAAAGAGGUGUGUGGCCUCUGUGGGAACUUUGACUCCAAUGAGAUGAAUGAUCUUCAAAUAAAGGAUUCAUCAGUGGCGUUGACUCCGGUGGUGUUUGGGAACAGCUGGAAGAGCCCCUCCCCUCCCUGUUCUGAUGUUACGACGGAGAUAUUUCCGUGUGAACGAAACUCGUACUGUGGAGCCUGGGCCCAAAGACGCUGCCGGAUCAUUACAGGAGACACGUUCAAAGACUGUCAUCUUAAAGUGGACCCAGAGCCGUACUACCAGGCCUGUGUGCAGGAGUCUUGCUCGUGUGAGUUUGAGGGGAGGUUUCUGGGCUUCUGUACCGCUGUCGCCGCUUAUGCCGAAGCCUGCAGCCACUGGGACGUCUGUGUGGACUGGAGAACUCCUGAUCUAUGCCCGGUGUACUGUGACUACUACAAUGAGCACGACCAGUGUGUGUGGCACUAUCAAGCUUGUGGUCAACUGCUCACCUGUGGCCAAGACGAAGACUUUACUUAUAAACUAGAAGGUUGUUAUCCCAGAUGCCCUGAAGAGAAGCCGUAUUAUGAUGAACAUACUGGAAAAUGCACAGAUUUGCGAAACUGUACUUGUUAUUUCAAUGGGACUGUCCUAGAUCCGGGGACCAGGGUCUUAAUAGAUCUGAGAGAAUGCAACUGUCAGAAUGGAAAAAUUAAGUGUACACCUUCCUCCACCACGGCUCUACCUACUACAACUACUACUGCUACUACUACUAUUACUGCACCUACAACUAUUUCUACUACUACUUCAACUUCUACUGCACCAACCACAACUUCAACUACUACUACAACUCUUACUCCAGUGACGUGUCCAGAAUAUUCCCCUCCCAACUGCCCCAGAGGUCUGAUCGUGAAUGUGUCCGAUGGAUGUUGUGAACGGCCAAUGUGUGACUGCCGCUGUGAGCUGUACGGAGACCCCCACUACAUCUCAUUUGGAGGCGUAACAUUUGAUUUCCUUGAUGACUGCACAUAUGUCCUGGUGGAGGAACAGUUCCCUCAGUACAACCUCACCAUCGCUGUGGACAACUACUUCUGUAUUGAAGGCCUGAACGGCUCCUGUGUGAAGGGUGUGAUAGUCAAAUAUAAAGAAAAGACGGCCACGCUCUCCAUUGACUCAUAUGUAGUUCAGGCAUCUUUGAACAGCGAGUUCAUAGAAGUUCCUUUUGAAGAACCUGGGUUCAGGUUUGAAUCGACGGGAUACGUGACGACGCUGGUCCUGCCUGAGAUCCGCUCAUACGUCAGCCUCACGCCCUCUUUCUCUCUGGUCAUCAGUCUGGCCAUGGAGAACUUUGGCUACAACACACAGGGACAGUGUGGUGUGUGCGGAGGUGAGUCCUGUAUUCGGCCCGGGGGAUACAUUGAAGAAGACAGUUGCUGUGACAAAACAGCUUAUGACUGGAUUUAUGAAGACCCCCAAAAGCCAAAGUGUGUAUCUGCUCCGAGAGACAUUCCCUGUGGCGCUCCCACUCCAACACCCCCCUGUUCCCAUUCACAUCCACUCUGUGAACUGCUCAACGAUCAGCUCUUUGCACAGUGCCGUGAACACGUGGAUCUAGAGCAGUUCUUUAAGAACUGUCAGUUUGACGCCUGUGGCUCUGCUGCUCCCUGUUCCUCUUUGGAGAAAGCUGCAGAUGCCUGUAAAAAAGUGGGUUUCUGUGUCGACUGGAGACAGCACGCCAAAGGAAGCUGUGGCUCAAACUGCUCAGAUGGACUAGUUUAUAAAGAAUGUAGUCCUAAACUGGAUGAUUUCUGCUUUGAAGGAAAUAGACAGGAAGGAGAGGCUGUGACAGAUACUAUUGCAGGUUGUUUUUGUCCAGACAACAAAACCAGAGCAAACAGAGACUCACAUAUCUGUGUAGACCACUGCAAAUUUGAGAAGAAGUGCUUCUACAAAGGAAGAAAUUACACAGUUGGAGAAACAUGGAGAGAUAGUGAAGAGCCGUGUAUGUCCUUCAUAUGCAACCCUGAAGGCAUCCAAAAUGAAACUAAAGUCUGUUCACCACAACACUGCCCCGAGGAGGACAAGAUUUGGGAUGAUCAUCACUGCUGUUUCACAUGCAGAAGUGGGUAG